UUGUGAAUCUAGUCCCGUACCGCACGAGGUAAACAACCAUCAUGCCGUUGUGAAAUUCAUAGUGUGCGCGCAAUUAAGUACACGCGACGAACGUUGACGUUAGCCGUCAGCGUUUGUGCUCGCUGCUAGCAAGGCAGCCGUUUUAUCUUACAUAAUAUGAAAGAACUUGACCCAAAUUCUUGCGCUACCCGUUCGCUAUGUUGUUCCUGACGAAAGCACCGAUCGCGGUCUGUCUGCUAAAACGUAGUUGCUCGUGUCCCGUGCUACACGGUGUACGAUUGUACAGUCCGAACGUUCCCGCCACCGCCACCAACCCUGGUACGCCCGUAUCUGCGGUCGGGAAAACGCCCAUCGAGCUGCUGAAGGAAAAGCUGAACCAUGGGGAAAUCCAGCCCGAUCCGCACCAGGCCCGUGUCACGGAAGCGUUGCAGGUAGUGUAUGACAGUAUUAAAACGUACAGCCCACCUAAACCGAGCACUGGCAUAGGGAAAUGGUUCAGCUUCGGCAGGGCUGAGAAGGCGGUGGAUGCACCCAAAGGACUCUACAUCUACGGUAGCGUUGGCGGUGGCAAAACCAUGCUCAUGGACAUGUUUUACGAUUGCUGUGCGAUUGAUCGAAAGCGACGUGUGCACUUCAACUCCUUCAUGACCGAUGUGCACACCAAAAUACACGACAUCAAGUCGAAGCACGUGCGGGAUGCCAGCAACAGUAAGCCACAACCAUUCGACCCGAUUAAGCCUGUUGCCGAGCUAAUUACCGAGGACUCGUGGAUGAUUUGCUUCGAUGAAUUUCAGGUUACCGACAUAGCAGACGCAAUGAUUUUGAAACGGCUAUUCACUUAUCUCUUCAAUAACGGUGUGAUUGUGGUGGCCACCAGUAACCGUGCCCCCGACGAUCUCUACAAAAAUGGGCUACAGCGUAGCAACUUUGUCCCGUUCAUUGGCGUGCUCAAGAAUCACUGCAACAUCGUAACGCUAGAUAGUGGCGUUGAUUACCGUACGGCGGCGCUAAAAGGGGAAAGUAAACAUUACUUUGACAAAUCCCAAGGUGAUGCAAACUCUUCGAUGGACAAACUGUUUAAGGUGCUUUGCUCGCAAGAGAACGAUAUGAUACGUCCCAAGACGUUUACCCACUUUGGCAGGAAUAUAACGUUCGCGAAAACUUGCGGCCAGGUGCUGGACAGCACAUUUGAAGAACUCUGUGACAGGCCUCUCGGUGCUAGCGAUUUCCUACAGAUAGCACAAUUCUUUCACACGGUGCUAAUACGAGAUAUUCCUCAACUUAACCUGAAGCUAAAAUCCCAAACGAGACGGUUCAUCACGCUGAUUGACACACUAUACGAUAGUCGCGUAAGGUUAGUCGUAUCGGCGGACGUACCGUACAAGUAUCUUUUCUCCAACGAGGCACCGGAUGAUAUGCACACCUCCGACGAGCAUCGUAUGCUGAUGGACGAUCUCAAAAUUACCAAGGAUUCGACGGACGCGGCCUCGAACAUUUUCACGGGUGAGGAAGAAGUAUUUGCUUUCGAGCGUACGGUGUCUCGGUUGGCCGAGAUGCAAUCGGCCGAAUACUGGACGCUCUGGGAGAAGCAUCGCUAGGCAGACCAAUGAUUCGAAUCAAGCUUUAAAUUAACAGUGUACUACGAAAUUGUGUACUUAAAAUU